AUGUCGCGCCACCGGCGGCAGCCAUCCCGCGCGCUCCCUCUCGACUUCAACGUCGACGACGACGAGGAGGGGCCACCAGCGGCAGCCAAGGACGGCGCCACGUCGGUCGACGGGAGCCAGCAGAACCCCCGUUCCGGUGGCAGCGGGGAUGCCGGCGGCGGGGCUAGCAAAGGGCAGGAAGGGUAG